CGGAAGUGAACUUUUAGAAAAUGUUAUGGUUCAAGUGCGACGAAAUAAUUCCAGGAGUAGCUAUUGCUGUUGCUUUUAUUGCAGUUUGUCUUGGUGGAUUUUUCCUCUCUCAUGAAUACUCACCUAUUCUUAAUGUAGAUACUUUAUGCAGUAUGGCUGAGGCAGCAGAAGACCAGCGUGAGAUGUUCCGCCAAGCAAGCAAGACGGCUGUUGUACUUGGUCAUACUGGAGAGACAGGGAGGGUGCUUGUAAAGCAACUGGCACAGGAAAAAUUGUUCAAGAAAGUUACUCUUAUUGGUCGGAGAGAAAUUGCAUUAGACAGGAACGUUGUAGGUCCAGAAUUUGAACAAAAAGUAAUAGACUUUGAGAAACUAGAUGAUUACACUGAGGAAUUUAAAGGACAUGAUGUUGGAUUUUGGUGCCUUGGAACAACACGUGGGAAGGUUGGAGUGGAAGGAUUUAAGCGUGUAGACUAUGACUAUGUACUGAAGACUGCUGAGCUGGCAAAGUCGGGUGGAAUGCAACAUAUGCAGUUUAUGUCAACAUACGGAGCUAAUGCCAACAGUAGUGCACUAUAUACCAGAACAAAGGGACAAGUGGAAGAAGCCUUAAAAGUUAUGCACUUUCAAAGAUUAUCCAUCUUCAGACCAGGUGUAUUGAUGGUGGACAGGCAAGAAAGCAGACCAAUGGAGGCCUUUGCUCGAUUAGUGCUCACCCCAGUGUCAAAAAUAUUCCCCACAGCAAUUACUAUCCCUGUAGACUAUGUGGCCGCUGCAAUGAUAAACAAUGCUGUGGCGACCUCAGACAAAACGUCUGAAACUUUUGAAAAUAAGGAAAUGCAUAUUUUAUCAGGGAAAAGUCCUUUAUGCAAAAAGGACGAGAAAACGAAAACAAAAUGAAGUGAAAAGUAUACAAUUUAGUGCAUUUUCUGUGUAUGUUUUUUAAAAGUAUACAAUUUUAUAAUAUUGAUUGUAGUUUUGGUAAUAUUUGUGAUGAAAUAGUUUUGGUAUUUGUGAAAAGUGUGAUUUUCAAAUUCAAACAGAAACAUAAACACUCAAGGUUUGCAGCCAACUAUGGAGUUGAGAAAUAAAGAUGUCGCAAAAUUUUCCCAAUCUAUAGCAUUAUUAACAACUUUAACAUUGGAUAUUUAAACUUAAAAGUUGUUGUAAAAUCUGACAUUAUUCUGAAAUUUAUUGUACCUUCUUUCACUUAUGAAGAAGUUGACUUUGAAAAGCAUUACUGUGUUGGUGCGCCGUAAAACCCAAAUAAAAUAUAUAAAAUUGAAAAGCAUUUCAAAUGGUUUUAAAGAUAAUGUGUUCUAUGUGUUAGAGUAAUGUUUGUUACAGUGAUGUUUAUAUACCAUUCUUUUCACUAAAAUCGUUUGAGGGCCAAUAACACUAUCAGAUUUAGUCCUUACUGUUUUCCAGUAAAAUCAGUGAUUUUAUUGAGGUUGAAAUGUUACUAUAUUUAGAAUUUGUUGGGUGGUCAACAUCAUUGACUUCAAAUCACUUGUCCAUCACUGUUGUUGAUUUGAAACCCAGCAGGGAUUCUAGAAUCCUUUCAUGUGUGGAAGCAUUGAAGCUAGUGUAGAGAAGGUUGGUGAUUCAGCACACUUGCCCAUCCUUGCUUUGAAAAUCAUCUUUGGAUUUCCUUCCAUCUUUAAGAGCUGGAAAGUCAUUAUAUCAUUUAUAUGUCAUCUUUAAGUUAGUUGUAUUGAUGUGAUGUUUACAGACACCAACCCCAAUCGCACCAAAAAAAAAAAAGAAGCAAAAAAAAGCAACAAACAAAAAUAUUUCAUUGUACCAAUUAGACAGAGUUGAGCAUGACUAUAUUGCUGUAGAGAUUCCAUUUAUACUUAGUGUCUGAGCUGAUCCAUUUAUUCUGAACAUUUUUACAAAUUUGUGCAAUUUAUAAACAUGAGCAAGCCAUUUUGAACUAUGUGCUAUAUGUGUAAUACUUUUUAUUUUCUCCGUAGUAUGUUGUAAGACUGUUUGAUAGUAUAUUCCUGAUAUAUAUAUGUAUAUACACAUUGUAUGUUAAUUAUAUGUAUUUUUGAUGUUCUGCUGACUUUGAGUUCUUUCAUGUAAGGAAAGAGAAAAAUGUCACUUUUUAUUAGUAUUUAUGCAAUUAUUGUGUUAGAUCUACUACAGCAGGUCAUGAUUUUUAGCUUGACUAUUACAGAUACAUAGGGAAUGCUAUUGCACUAAAUCUUGUCCCUCGUUAAACAUCAUAACGGGAAAGUUUUAUAACUCGGAAUUGUUGCCCAUUUUGUACUUGUUUAUUUAGCUUAGUUACAGUUUUGUGUGCAACUAACUUAUCAAACUCUUUCUCCGUAGGAACUAUAUGUAUUCGAUUGAAAUUGAAGACAACUCUUCUCAUUAAUGAGAUUUUUUGAGAUAACUAAGUUAGAUAACUCUUGUUGAAUUUAGUUCAAUUUUUUGGACAUAGAAAUUUUGUUGAAAUUUUGCAUGCAAGUUGUUAACAUUGCCAUAUUAAAUAAUAUUUAAAUUUGUUAUAAGUUGUAAUGAAAUAACUUUGUUACCUAAUCUUAUCAUGUUAUGGCCCUCGUUUGUCUUAGAAGCUGUCAAAUAGUCGAGCCUACUGUCUUUCGACAGCCCUUCUAAUCGUAAUUAUUUUGAUGUUAUUUUGAUGUUAAAUAUUGUAAAAACUGUAAUAGAUAGAAUGAUGGUACCAUGUUUAGUCAAUGUAGAAAGAGGUUGUGUUGAUUUACGAGUCAUGGAUAUAGAAAGAGAGGUAUUAUUAUGUCUCCCACCACACAGUGGUGUGGGAGACAUAUUGAUUUACUCCAGUCUGUGUGUAUGUGUGUCUGUCUGUCUGUCUGUCACCAAGUUAGUCCGCACUCUAAGAUGAACAUUUCUCAUCCGAUCUUCACCAAACUUGAGCAAAAUGUGUUUGACCAUGAUACCUCGACCAAGUUUGAUAACUAGCCAAAUCGGUGAAGGCAUUUUGGAGUUACGGCCCUUGAAUUACCGAAAAAUCGGCCUUUUUACUCAUGUCUGCACUCUAAGUCAAACAUUUCUCAUCCGAUCUUCACCAAACUUGAACAAGAUGUGUUUGACCAUAAGACCUUGGCCAGUUUCGAUAACUAGCCAAAUCGGUCCAGACGUAUUGGAGUUAUGGCCCUUGAAUUACCAAAAAUUGGCCUUUUUAUUCUUGUCCGCACGCUAAGUCAAACAUUUUUCAUCCGAUCUUCACCAAACUUGAACAAAAUGUGUUUGACCAUGAGACCUCGGCCAAGUUCGAUAACUAACUAAAUCGGUCCAGGCAUUUUGGAGUUAUGGCCCUUGAAUCACCGAAAAAUCAGCCUUUUUACACUUGUCCACUCUCUAAGUCGAGCAUUUCUCAUCCGAUCUUCACCAAACUUGAACAAAAUGUGUUUGACCAUAAGACCUCAGACAAGUUUGAUAACUAGCCAAAUCCGCCCAGGCACUUCUGAAGUAUGGCCCUUGAAUUACUGAUUGGAUCCACUCAUCCAGACCAUCUAAUUGGAUCCACUCAUCUAAACCAUCUUGAGACACUAGACAUUUUUCAUAGGGGCAGCUGUGGGAGACAUGCGCUUUUCUCAAAAGCAUCUCUAGUUUGUGUUGAUUUAUGAGUCAUGACUGUAGCAUGUUUAGUCAAUGUAGAAAUUUUUGUUGAUUUACGAGUCAUGGAUACGGAAAGAGAGAUAUUAUUUGUGUCGAUUUACGAGUCAUGGAUAUGGAAAGAGAGGUAUUAUUUGUGUUGAUUUACGAUUCAUGGAUAGAGAAAGAGAGGCAUUAUUUGUGUUGAUUUACGAGUCAUGACUAUAGCAUGUGUAGUCAAUGUAGAAAGAGGUAUUGUGUUGCUUUACAAGUCAUGGAUAUAGAAAGAAAAAAUUAUUUGUUUUGAUUUAUGAGUACUUAUACAGGAGGAGGUAUUUACCUAUUAUUUGUGUAGAUUUAGGCGUCAUAACUGUAGCAUGUUUAGUGAAUAUAAAAAGAGGUAUUAUUUGUGUUGAUUAAGGAAUAUUGACAGUACUUUGCAUGUUUUAUUGCAUGUAGAAAAAGUUAGUAUUUGGUUUAGUUUUAGGAUUAAUGUUCUUUUUCUAAUUGAAGAAAAAAAUCAGUUCCUUCUACGAGUGGUCAAACUUCUAAUCACCAAGAGUACUUUUGUAGAUAUAAUAGUAUGUCAUUUUUUUAUUCAUAAUUUGUCCAGCUGGGUUACCCAGAAUUCACAUUUUGGUAGGGUCACUUAGUCAGCUUGUGGGGUAAUGGUUAUUUUAUUACUAUGAUCAGUAUUAGAGGUUUUUACUAAUCUUAAGUAUAAUCUAGCUUUCUCCUUGGCCUAGAUAACAAAGUUGAUCAUUUAGUUUCUGUUGCAACAGAUGUUUAAAAUGUUAAAUAGAUUUUUAAUGGAUUUAUAACUAAAUGGAUUUAUAAGUUAAAUGGAUUUAUAAGUGAAAUGGAUUUACGAGUUAGAUGUGUUUACUGUGAAAUCAUUAAUAUUCGUGGGAGACUAAUUUUUGUGGAUUUCGUGGUUGAGUUAAUCCAUGAAAUUUAAUCCCAAAGAACAAGUAAAAUUCCCAUUCAUUUUAUGUUCAAAAGUUGAUAUCCACGAAUUCAUAUCCCCACAAAAUUGCUGUUUUGACCAAAACCACGAAAUUUAAUGCCCACAAAAUUUAAUGAUUUUACAGUAUGUGUUCAGUGGUUUGCUUGCCUCUGGAUACAGGGAAUUGUGGGUUUUUGUGAGUGUAUACAUGAAUCUCGAAUCUGGUUACCAACAAAUCAUGUUUUAUUUUCAUCUUGGCGACUGCCGUUUACUUUUGUAUUUGUUGAAUUUAGACAUUACUUACACAACCAUAAAAUCCACAUGGAAAGUUCAUUAACCUAGUAUGGAAUUAACCAUGAAUAUUUAAUAAACUUUCUGCACUAUUAUACUAACUGUAUAUUGUAUUUAUUCACCAAUUAUCAUUCCAGUAACUUAUUACAUGUAUUUAUUUCCUUAUGAAUAAAUACUGUUAAAUUUUA